CACUCAAUCCCUAGUCAUUAUGACCUAGUGUCAGACUCGAAAGCAGAUUAAAAUUCUUGUUCGGUUGUUCCCAGAAGAACCUUGAACCCGAGAUUCAACUUCAAUCUUCAUAUACAAUUUCCAACAUUUGGGGCACAAUGCAUCAGGGCCUUUGUUCAUCAUAUAUCAGAGUUAAGUCGAUGCGAACACCGGUUCGAAGGCCAAUGAGGAAGACGAGGGUUUUGGUAGCAUUGGCUGCGUCGUGCUUGUGUUUCAUUGUGUUCCAUAUCUGUAUCUCAUCAACCACCAGAAUUCUUAACAGGGCAGAAUUUUCAGCAGAGACUCCAGAAAUAACACGUGACAUAUUAGCCAUUAGUAAACAAUCCCAUCACCCUUCAAAGGAAAUUCCGAUCAUUUGCGACCGUACCUCUAAACAUUACGACCUCUGCUCCAUCAACAGUCCAACAGUCUUGGAUCCAACCACAUCCACAUUCUUCAUUAUGAGCUCGACCCAACUUCCAUCCAUGGCAACAAUCCGGCCCUAUCCUCGAAAAUUCGAAGACUUCAUAAUGAGCCGGAUCAAGGACUUCACGCUCACUGUUGGCCCAAGAAUCCCACUGUGUAAAGUCCAACACAAUGCUCCAGCACUAGUAUUCGCCGCCGGUGGAUACACCGGAAACUUCUGGCACGACUUCAAUGAUGGGUUCAUCCCACUCUUUAUCACCAUCAACACACUCUUGCCGGAUCAAGACUUCGUAAUCGUGGCUUCGGACGCUCCAAAGUUGUGGGUUUCUAAGUAUGCUGAUUUACUACACAUUUUCACCAAGCACCCUAUAAUUACCCUUGGAAAUGUUACCACCACCCAUUGUUUUCCUUCUGCCAAGCUAGGCCUCAUAACACAUGGUUUCAUGACUAUAAACCAAACACUAAUACCAAACUCAAAAACAUUUCUACAUUUCCGUGAGCUCCUAGACAAUGCAUAUAACCGAAGAUCCCAAGCUCGACUCCUCCUCUCUCAGCUGAAAAAACCCCGGCCGCGGCUUGUUCUGGCGAGCCGGAGUCAUGCAACUGGACGCAGGAUCAUGAACCAAGCUCAAGUAGUUCGUUUGAUAAAGAAAGUGGGGUUUGAUGUGGUUGUGUUUGAGCCUAAGGCCAAUACCUCAUUGCAUGAGUCUUAUGCGUUACUUAAUUCAAGCCAUGCUUUGGUUGGGAUACAUGGCGCUGCACUUACACACUCAUUGUUCCUCCGGCCGGGUUCGGUGUUUGUGCAGGUGGUGCCGAUUGGGGUGGACUGGGUGGCGAAGGCGUGCUUCGGGACUGUGGCAAAGGGGUUGGACUUGGAGUAUUUUGAGUACAAGAUCGGAGUGGAAGAGAGUAGCUUGGUGGACAAGUAUGGCAAUGAUAGUUUAGUAGUGAAAGAUCCGAGUGGUCUUCAGAAAAUGGGGUGGCGAGCUGAGGUUAUGGACAUUUACUUGAAGGAGCAAAAUGUGAAACUGGAUUUGGUUAUGUUCAAGGGGUAUUUGAAGCAAGCUUAUAAAAAGGCUAAGAAAUUUAUGGAGAACAAUGGUUAA